AUUGUUUUUAUAUUAAUUAAAGAUAUAUUUUUCAGGACGCAAUAUAUGUCUUAGCAUCAGCGAUUAAGGAAAUGAUAACCCAUAACGAGACCAUUACUGAAGCACCUAAAGAUUGUGAUGAUACAGGUGCCGUUUGGGAAUCCGGGAAAAAGAUGUUCAACUACUUAAAAACAAGACACAUAAAAGGAGAAACGGGACAUGUGGCAUUCGAUAGCAAUGGAGAUAGAAUAUAUGCUGCAUAUGAAGUUAUUAACGUUCAGCAACCAAUGUUAUCGUCUACGCGGAAGAAUGUUAAGGUUGGAAGUUUCUUCUAUGAUGAAGAGAAAGGCCGAAUGAGGCUGAAAAUAAAUGAUACUAUGCUGGUUUGGCCUGGAAACACCGAAAAAAAGCCGGAAGGAAUAAUGAUUCCUACUCAUUUGAAAGUUCUUACCAUUGAAGAGAAACCAUUUGUGUAUGUACGAAAAUUACUAGAUGACGAAAUUGAUUGUGAAGAUGAUGAAAUAGCAUGUCCCCAUUUUAAUUCUACUGAUGGAAACGAAAAAGACUAUUGCUGCAAGGGAUACUGCAUAGAUUUGUUGAAAGCAUUAGCGCAAAGGAUAAACUUUACUUACGAUUUAGCCCUAUCGCCUGAUGGGCAAUUUGGUCACUAUCAACUUAAAAAUCAUACUACGGGCAUCGGCACAAGUGUCAAAAAGGAAUGGAACGGGCUUAUUGGUGAGCUCGUCGCCGAGAGAGCAGAUCUUAUAGUUGCUCCGUUGACUAUCAAUCCGGAAAGAGCGGAGUUUAUUGAAUUUUCAAAACCAUUCAAAUACCAGGGCAUUACUAUAUUGGAAAAGAAGCCGUCAAGAUCAAGCACACUGGUAUCAUUUUUGCAACCAUUCAGUAAUACUCUGUGGAUAUUAGUAAUGGUGUCGGUACACGUCGUAGCACUGGUUCUCUACCUUUUGGAUAGAUUUUCACCUUUUGGACGAUUCAAACUGACUACCAAUGAUGGAACGGAAGAAGAUGCGCUAAAUCUGAGUUCUGCGAUUUGGUUUGCUUGGGGAGUCUUGCUGAAUAGCGGAAUUGGCGAAGGAACUCCACGAAGCUUUUCAGCGCGAGUACUAGGUAUGGUAUGGGCUGGAUUUGCUAUGAUAAUUGUGGCAUCUUAUACUGCUAAUCUGGCUGCUUUUCUUGUGUUGGAGCGACCGAAAACAAAAUUAUCUGGCAUAAAUGAUGCACGCCUUCGUAAUACGAUGGAAAAUUUAACUUGUGCGACCGUUAAGGGAUCUGCUGUGGACAUGUAUUUUCGAAGACAAGUUGAACUAUCUAACAUGUACCGUACAAUGGAAGCAAACAAUUAUGACACCGCUGAACAAGCAAUUCAAGACGUUAAAGACGGGAAGCUUAUGGCGUUUAUUUGGGAUUCAUCUCGUUUAGAAUACGAAGCUGCCAAAGAUUGUGAACUGGUAACUGCUGGCGAGUUGUUUGGACGAAGUGGUUAUGGUAUUGGUUUACAAAAGGGUUCGCCAUGGACGGAUGCUGUUACGUUAGCAAUAUUGGAUUUUCAUGAAAGCGGAUUUAUGGAAUCACUUGAUAAAGAAUGGAUUUUCCACGGAAAUAUUCAACAGUGUGAGCAAUUCGAAAAAACACCAAACACAUUGGGUUUGAAAAAUAUGGCGGGUGUAUUUAUUCUGGUCGGCGCAGGCAUUGUUGGUGGUAUAGGGUUGAUUAUAAUCGAAGUUAUUUAUAAAAAGCAUCAAAUAAAGAAACAAAAGAAACUGGAAAUAGCUCGCCAUGCAGCCGACAAGUGGAGAGGAACUAUUGAGGUAUGUAUAUGUAUUCCAAAACAGUAUCGUAAACAUACGAUUUAGGGAUCAUUAAAAAAG